AUGAAAGCAACACUGGCCCUGGUAUCUCUCUUAUUAAUAACGACAACCUUUGGAAAACUUCUCGAUGGAAAAUCUGAGCAGCGAGGUUACUCUGAAUCGAUAACGCGCAUCUUGGACUACUUAUACCCAAAAGAUGACGGCGAUUCGAAAAUAAUGAAAGAGAUAUUCAGUUUAUUAGCUGAUGAUGGACCACCGAGUUUAGAAGGUGGAUUAGAUGCUUUGGAUUAUUUAUUGAGGAGAUAA